AAAACUUCCGUGGGUGGUCCAGCUAUCCAGCAGUCUGCUCUGUUUACAAAUAAUCGUACAUGUGUCUUUUCGUUAAUUAACUUUAGAAGGAAUCCAGUCGUAGAUUCCCUUCAAACUAGGGUCGAUCAUCAGGACGUGCACUUGGACGUCAACAGUCGAAGGACCCGAAAGCCAGACAAACGAAAAUUUCGAAGUUUGUUCUUUUGCUUCCGCGUUCUCGUCUGCACGCGUUUGUGCUGUUGUUGUUGCCGAUCCGCGCGUCUGCCAUCAAAACAAUGCUGGGAACUGGAUGGUCACGGUCAGGUGAGCGGGCAGACACAGAUAACGGGGCGGAGAACGGCGAUCCUGCGGCUAGUGAGGGAGCGGGGGAUUCCGAGGAGGACCAGGAGGGCCUGGCGUCCCCUCCCGCCAGUGGGGCGGACUGGGCGGACCUUGAGGAAAGGAGGCGGCAGCUCAGGCACAAAUAUAGGACCCUCAUCAACGAAAUGCAGGAGAACAGACUGGACCUGAUUAAACCUGGAUCCAAGGGUCUGAAUGACAGGCUAAUCAAGGGCAAUGAACUCUUCCAGAAUGGUGAUGUUAAGCCCGGGACCAGGGAGGCAGUCUUGGACUACCAGUUCCUGGUGCUGGCAUCAACCUUGGGCAGUCAGAAGGCACACCAACUCCACACAGACCUCGUAACAUUCGAGCUACAUGUGUUUGCAGAUAAACUGGUGGAAUUCAUGACGGACAGACAAGCGAACCCAGAGGACCCAGAUGAAGAGGAGAGGAGGAGUGUGGUCAGGGUACCGGCUGCGGGCUGGGAGAAACUGGGAGAGGAAGCCAGGAGACACUUCAACAGAGCACCGGCAUUCCACUUUCUGUAUGGAUCCUUUAACCGUGAGGCCAAGGCCCGUGAAUCCAGGAAGCUGAAUAGAAAGGAUGCAAAUGAAUCCAUUGGACCCAAAAUUGUUCCCAAACUGGUGACGAGUUCUGAUGAGGACGCAAAGAGUGAGAGUGACACUUUGGCAGACAGGGACUUUAUGUACAAGGCACUGAGGAUUCUAACCAUAGAUGAGAGUGAUGAUGUGGAUCCCAUAGACUACUUUGAGUUUGUGAUGGAUCCAGAUUCGUUUGCCCGAACUGUGGAGAACAUUUUCCACCUGUCCUACCUUAUCAGGGAUGGUAAUGCCCGAAUAUAUCUCAAUGAUGAUCAGCUGCCAGUGAUAGAACCUGCCGAGCCAUACACAGAAGCAGAGGCACACGAGAGGGUGGAUAAACAGCAGGUGUUCAUAUCACUUACCAUAAAUGACUGGAAGCGGAUCAAAAAGGAGUUCCAGAUCAGUUCCCGAGCCUUCCCGAGGAGAGUGGAUGUGGAGGGUCUGGAUGGACCCAGUGGUGGACAGAGCGGCCACACCAGCUCUGAUGAAGAAGAUAUCCCGACAGUAGUGGUGACUCUGACCCCGAUCCAGGCGAUGAGAACGUUUGGGAUGGAGGUGACGUGGAGACAGAGCGUUGGAGGUUGGGGAACCGGGACUGGUGCCGCUGUGGAAACUGCCUGGAAUUGCCCUCUGUACGGGAGUCCACCCAAGAGAGGAAAAUGA